UCAACAGACAAUCGAUUUUAUUUAUCGUCUCACGUUUCCAUUCGCAAAUUUUAUUGAAAUUAAACUAAUUUAAUCAGUCGUUAAUAAAUGAACUGAAUCUUUAAUUAUUAGAGAGUGUGUGCAAGUGCUGUUUAAGAUGAUUAAGGCAAUAUUAGUGUUCAAUAAUCAUGGAAAACCGCGUCUGUCGAAGUUCUAUCAAUAUUUUAAUGAGGAUAUGCAGCAGCAGAUCAUCAAGGAGACCUUCCAGCUGGUCUCCAAGAGGGAUGAUAAUGUCUGCAACUUCCUCGAGGGGGGCAGUCUCAUCGGUGGUUCGGACUACAAGUUGAUCUACAGACACUACGCAACACUGUACUUCGUGUUCUGUGUGGAUUCCUCUGAGAGCGAGCUCGGCAUACUAGAUCUAAUACAGGUGUUUGUAGAGACCUUAGACAAAUGCUUCGAGAAUGUCUGCGAGCUGGACCUGAUCUUCCACGCGGACGCGGCGCACCAGGUGCUGGACGAGCUGGUGAUGGGAGGCAUGGUGCUGCAGACCAACAUGGCGGACAUCCUCAGCCGGCUGCAUGAGCAGAACAAGAUGCAGAAGGCAGAGGCGGGUAUAUCGGCUGCGCCUGCGCGCGCGGUGUCGGCCGUCAAGAGCAUGAACCUGCCGCAGCAAUUGCGGGACAUGAAGCUGCCCGACCUUCCGCAGGCUAUCAAGGACCUGAAAUUCUGACCGCUGCAGCAAAGCGCGUACUCAACUACGCCGGUUGCCAUAGCAACGAACAUACUUAACACGAUCUACCCAAACGAUAAAUAUAUGAACAUUCAGAAACAAGGCGAAUUCACAAACAAAUUCUUCGGCUCUGAGACCCUUAGCGCCAGGUUCUCAGAGACCUUCUCUGAGAACUACCAACAGACUGAUGGCGUGAAUUUCCCCAGUUACGAAAGCAAUAGCAAUGAUAGGUACCAGGAUUUGAGCGGGACUACAGUGGAAUAUGAUUACAAGGAUAGGAAUAAAAAGAAGAAAAAACGAAAGAAGAAUGCCGCGUGAAGAGUUUGAGGGUGGGUCUGUUCACACUAGCGCCUGUUCACGGCGAGGCGAGAUCGUGAAAUCGCUGAAAAAUCGCUGGAAAAAUCGCUAGUGAACGGUCACGAGUACUAAUAUGUGCACUUUGAAACCAUGUCAUAUUAACUUUUUUGACAAAUUGAACUGUAAGUCUCACUAAAUGUCAAAUACGUUAGUGCGACAGAGUCCUAGGGUGGUAUUAAUAAACGAAUCUCAGCUGAGACUGCCCUCAAGAUCAUGCUCAAGUCUCUGUUUUUAUAUGAGAACUGUCACAUUGACAUGAUCUUGAGGGCAGUCUCGAAGCUGAGAUUAGUUUAUUAAUACCACCCCUAAAGUGGGUACAUUAUAUUGCUCCUGACUGAACAGGCGCUAACACAACACAUAAAGAGAAAAUUAAAUCGAAAAAUAUUCUGACUCGGACGGGACUUGAACCCGCAACUCUCGUCGAGCCGAGGCGAGCGUGUUAACCAUUACACCACCGGGUCCUCCUCCUGUCCAUUCGAAAUAGGCUACUUUCCAACUAGUCAAAUCAGUUAUGGAAUUUGUAUGAAAAAGCACCCUGUGACGUCAUAGAGAAACGUGAUAAAAUGUCGGACUUAUUAUUACGGAUUUUUUUAUUCAAAUUCAUAAAUAAGUAAAAUAGAAAAGAGAAAAUGUUUUUCGUUCGUUUUAGAUCAGUCUUUAUUUCGUAAUCAGAAUUUCAUAAUUUAUCUUGAACCUGGUACACGACCCAAUUCUUUCCAUCUAUGUAUCGUCUUUAAGCCGACGCCGGCAUCAUCUAUCUAUAAUAUUGAGUACUAAUAUUACUUAGACCGAUGUCUACAGUUCCAUGUAGAUUUCAACUUAUUACUUAUCACUACUUACUUAUCUUAUUUUUUCGAUUUUCUUUUCUCUUUGUGAGUUUCUCUUUAGGUUUUCCACUUUUGGGAAUAUUUCCGUAAACGGAAUUUUCAUUGUAUAUAAUAUUUGAAUAGAUUUUUGUACUUUUUCGGCAUUUUGGGAUAGGUGGAAUAAUGAUAUAAGUAGACAUAUCUUAAAGUUGUGUUGCUUUGAAUGUGUGCCCUCACAUUUCACACAACUAUUUAUUACUUUAAAUAUCCAGAGGUGGAGACCUGGGGGUUAAAAAGGCUACACAAAGCAAUUCAUCUUAAAAAGCAAUAUUGCUAUUUGACAUUUGCGCGUAUAAAUGUAAGUGCACAAUGCCAACAAACGUCAAAUAGCAAUAUUGCUUUUUAAGAUGAAUUGGUUCAAUGUGGACUUUUUAACCCCUCUGGUGUCCUAUAUGACAGGUUUCACCUAAUUUAGGCACCAGUUUCUUCACAAAUGAGGGAUUUUCCAGGCUACUUUCACCAAAAACAAUAUAGAUGGCGUAUAUUCGUGGUUAAGUGAGAAAUGCAAUGUCCCAAACUGUUUUUCUAAAACAUAGUUUUGUCCAUACAAGAAUUAGCUUUAUAACUCAGAUGUAUAUAAUAUUAGAUAAUUGUCAAAUUUUAACUAUAAUAACCGUAGUUUUGUGGCUAAAAUAUAUAUUUGUAAUAAGAAAAAUAAAGAAAUUAUGUACAUUCCUUCGUCAAAUCUCGAAUUUACUAUGAAAAAUGUAUAAAAAGUGGGAGUGUUUAAAAUCUUAUAAAGAAAUUGUAUGCAACUAUUGUGCAAUGGCGUAGCUUAAUAAACACUUUAUGAUAGAGAAUUACCUUAAUAACUAGUUAAUAAGAAAUAUAUUUAUGUUAU